AUGACUGCAGCACCUCCGAGACCAGCACCAAAACCUGGACGGGUCAGGGUUUAUCGAGCUCUCUACGAUUAUGAAGCUAGAACGGACCAAGAGAUGAGUUUUGUGGAAGGAGAUCUGCUGUAUGUGAGCGAUAGUGGACCAAAUGACGAUUGGCUGCCGGCAUCAUGUGGCGGCAAAAAGGGUCUCGUUCCGGCUAAUUACGGUCGAUUGCUCAUAUUCAUUGUAACGAAAUGUUUGAAGACUUUGCCGAAUCCGUUACACGAAGCAGCUCGACGGGGUAAUGUUAUCUUCCUCAAGGAUUGUAUAGCUAACCAGGUAUCGGUAAAUAGCCUCGACAAAUCAGGUUCUACAGCUUGUACUGGGCAUGUCAUGGUGGUCAUCUUGGUGUGGUGA